AUUUGCAUGCUCGCUGGGCGAAAAAUCGACCAAAAAGUGACAGCAAUUCCAGUCGGCCGCUGGAAACGGGCUGUCACCCUGCGCCCAAAUAGCCCGUGCAAUGGUCGUCUUCAUCGCUCAACUUGAAAGAAAUGCUCCACCUUUUUCUCCCUUUGUUCUUUUCUGUAUUGUUUCCCCCAAUUCCCCCCUUUUGCUUAACACGUUACUGUAAGUUGGGCGCAAUCAGAAUCAGCUCUCCUGCCGAUUGUCAUGUCUGCGUGUUUAAAACUAGACAACAACAUGGCAUUUCUUUGACACGCACGCCAAGCCGGACGUGACAGGAGCGUCCGAGCCUGUGUCGAUGUGUGUGUGUGUGUGUCUGUGUGGUUUUUUUUUUUCCUUCUUCUUCUUCUCACCAUCAUGGCUCGGCUCAGCUCGGCUGGGACCGUGGAGGUAGAGAGCAGAGCGCAGCAGGCGCUCCACUGUGCCUUUAAGUGGAGGAGUGCUGGAGAUUAGCUUGGUCCAGGAUCCUGGGCCCAUCUGUCAGAGAGAUGCUCCGACAGAGAGGAAGUGUUGGGCACAGGCAGGAGAACCAUCUGCUCCUCCAUAUAGUCACCAUCUCCGCUGUCUCUCUCAGUGUCCUGCCCACAGCACUAUCUGACUGGUUACUAGGACUGCAACGGUUGGGCGACCAGUUCUAUAAGGAGGCCAUUGAGCAGUGCCGCAGCUACAAUGCCCGUCUGUGUGCUGAACGCAGCGUCCGCCUGCCAUUCCUGGACUCACAAACCGGCGUGGCCCAGAACAACUGCUACAUCUGGAUGGAACGACACCACCGCAGCCCCGGUGUUGCAGCCGGGCAGAUGUACACAUACCCCGCCCGCUGCUGGAGGAAGAAGAGACGGCUGCACAACGCCACAGAUCCACGUCUGGGUAUCUACGGACUCCAUCUCGAAGGUGGCCUCAUGUCCAAGGACACCUUACCCACCCAGAGCACCACGCUGGAGGCGCUGCUACGAGGAGAGGGUCUAGACAAGAGGAACAACUCUAAGAAUGAUGAGGAAAGCCUGCUGGAGAUCCAGAGGGUUCUGGAGGCAGACGCAGCAGAAGAUGCUUUCAACGAUGACGAUGACUACGAGGUGGACACUCCCAAGAGAAGACAUCGGGGCAAAGGAAGAGGUCGUGGUUCAGGCCGCAGGAGGGCAGAUGUGGAUGACGACAAGCCAUAUAUCUGUGACAACAGAUACAAACAAAAGCAGAACUCAAAAUCUUCGACCUCAGUCUGUGCGAAGCGCUACAGGAACCGUACGGGACUAAGCUACCACUACACUCAUUCCCACCUGGCAGAGGAGGACAGAGCCGGAGAGAGAAGCACUGUGGCGUCCAGAUCCCCCUCUGCACAACCCACUGACAGACACAAACGUCCAAAGGCUCCAGGUGGGACCAGCAUUCCCAACAACUACUGUAAUAAAUGCCAGGGCUCGAAUAAGAAAACGGGUAAAGCGGGGCCUCCAUAUGCAGCCUGCCGAUGCACAACUGACUGCGGGGAAGAGAAGGAAGACGGGACUUUUACUGGAGCAGAGGAGCUGUUCGGCACCACCUCGGAGAGCGACACUUCCACCUUCCACGGCUUCGAGGACGACGAGCUGGAGGAGCCCGCCACAAACAGCAACGGAAUAUCCAACCGACACAGAUAGAGAGAACCUUUCAGUUUUGAAGAGACUUUUUUUUUUUUAUAUGGAUUAACCUCUGGCAAAAAUCUGCUGCUUCUUUUUCAAUGUUUUUUUUGUUUUGUUUUUGUUUGCAGAAAGCACAAAGUGAUCAUUUCAGGACAGAAAUGCAAGUGGUAUUUUAUCUACUGAACAUUGUUGAAUAAUUUAUGAACACCUUUUUAUAUAUAAAUAUAUAUAUAUUAACUUUUAAGGCAAUGAGCAACUGUCAGUGUUUCAGUGAACUUGGUCUCCAUGCAAAACAGAAGAUGUUUUUGGAGUGUUUUUUCUCCCCCUCACUGGAGCAGAAGGAGCGUAAACGUUAUGAACAAAAAAAAAAAACACUGGAGACAUUUGAACAACUGAAACGUUUAAAGGCAUGAAUGAAACAGUCCGUUGGGGAGAUGAUUGAAUGUCAUUGCAGACCAAUACUUGAGCCACUGGACGUGUCUUUUUGAAUCAGAAGUGGCUGUGACGAUGAAGGUCUCUUUUUUUCUGCUCUAACUCUGGAUUAAACUUGUGUGAAAAUGAAGGAAUCGAUGGAAGGACUGCUACAGGCUACUGGAAGUGUUUGAAGAUGAAGAAACCUAUAGAUAUAAAUUGUUAGAAAAGUAGGGGACUGAACAAAUGAAAGGAGCAAUCGGCACAUUGGCAUGUGGCCCAGGAGUGGGGGCGACCGGUGAAGAAAAGGAUUUUACUCUGAGAAACUAAUGAGCCUUCAUGUCGCUCCCGAUUUUGGGCCUGAAAUAACUGAAACGGAUGAACAGACAUCCAACACGUCUACAGGCCAUGUGGCUUAAUUGAAGCAACUGCUCCCUCGACGAUAUGUAUCGAUCCCCUCUGAACAUUUGAAAUGUGAGUAGAUCCAGCUUUGUUUCGUCCCUUCUUUCCUGCACUGUGCUGGAGCUCCACUGGACUAUGGGAACACUAAAGGCCAGGCCUUUUUUCUUUUUUUUUUUCCCGGACUGUUUGUGCCCCAGCGGGAGCAUUUGGGGCCCCGGCGGCCCAGCCUGCCCACUCCUGCUCUGUGACUGUGUGUCUGCUGCGUGAUCCGAUGUGACACUAAGACGUCAUUAUCCUCAUCACUGUGCCAGCCUGCCGCUCUGCACUGGAAACCAGCUCUGACAGCCAUGACCCUCCAACCUGAUUGGACCAGUGACCCCCUGACCCCCAGCCAUAGAGAUGGUGCUCAAAUCCACCACUAUUACAUGCAGACCUCUGGACUACUGUAUGAAUCCUCUGACAUGGUUUAUUGCUCUGCUUCUGUCUCUUCUCUGUUUCUUUUUUUGCUCUUUAUUUCCUGGGCCUCUCUGACUCGAAUGCGUCGCAGUAAUGUUUUUUUUUUUUUUUCCUUUGUUGUAUAAUAUUUCUAUGUUUUGCUCUCUUCAGAGUUUAAUAAGUAUGACUUCUUGGGUUUGUUCAGACUGUCUUGAUACCUCUGUCCUGAUCAGGUGCACAAUAGCCACAACUACUCAGGCAUCUUUCAUUUCCUCUGCUGUUGAUUGUUCAGCCACGCAGCCCUGAUUCAUGUGAUUGUAUUCAGUCGGCACGGAGGGACAAUAACGCCACACAAGGAUCCCAUUCUAAAUCGACUCCCAGGAGGGAAGUCGGGACGCUGUAGGAAAAAAACAAAACAAAAAAAACCCAUCGCAAUAACAACCAUCAACUCGUGUCUGCUGAAUUUUAUUUUGGGCAAAAACCUCUCCUCUUUCUGUUUUGAAUCAUCUCAGACGCAUUGGGGAAUAUUAUUGUUGCUAGAGAGACACAACUCUGCCCAGAUCCACAUACUUAGCGAGAAGUGAAAUCUGUAUCUGUGACAUUUCCGUUGAGUGCUUUAGAGGGCCUAAUUGCUUUAUGACAUUUAGAAGGUGCUUGAAGUCUUGUAUCAAAAAGCCUUUUAGGUACAUAGGUUGCACAUACUGUGUAAAAUGUCUGUGUCCUUCCAUGUAAUUAUUCAGUAUCGCUGCAAACUAAUAAUAGCCACUCCAUUUUGAAGCAUUAAUCCUACGUGUCUGGUAUGACUUGGGUAUGUGCUCGUGCAUCCACACCAUAUGUCUUCACUUCCCUCAGGGACCCUCCACACAGCAGUUUAUCUCCUCCAGACAAAGAACGGAUGCGAGACUUGUCAGUUAUCUCGUAUUCUUCUCUUGUGCGGUGUUUCCACAGUAGAAAAAAAAAAUUAAAUAAAAAUGGGUCAUCGUGUCAUGUUAUCUUCCAAAGUCAUGCCAGUAAGUGAAAAGCAUGCAUCAUCAAUCAUAAACCUGCUUAUUAAUGUUACCUGCCGUAUAUACAAACAGGCCUGGCGUUGGCGCAGUUCUGAACAAAAAAGGAGACGCUCCUAAAAAUGCAAAAGUCAGUGAUGUCUGCUUCGACUUACGUGUCACCAAUCAUUGAAUAGCCUGUAUACCUCGUCAAAGACACAGCAAUAGGCCCCUGGUACUCUCUUGUCAUGCCUGCCGGGGGGUCGGAGAGGGACGAUCGGGGUGGGAACGGAGCCAAGAGUGAGAUGAAAUGGACACGACUAGCCGUUUGUUUCAUCCUCAGCUGUAAAUACGAGUCGAGAUGGAAAGAAUGAAGAAGUCUUUGUUUGUUAAACUAUUUUUAUUGUUCUGAAAAAAAAAAUAAAGAAAAAAAAAUAAGGAA